UGUGUGGGUAGACAGUAGUAGGAGUAGCUCAGUUGAAGCCUAUUAUGGGAGGAAACGGAGUUUGAGGUUAAUGUUUUAGACUGUUAUUUAGGUCAAUCAACCUUGGGAAAAUAACAUUUUAACUUAUCUACAUUAUUGAAAUGCUUAAUACAUUUAUGUAGUAUCUCAAGAAAUAUAUGUCAGAGCGUGUAUGAAGUUAUCAGUGCUGGAAGAGUCUCUGGUUAAGAAUAAGCUUUGGAGUACCUAGUUGUUUUUAUUUUUAAAAUUUAUUUUGUAGAUUUAAAAUAUGUUCUGUAAAAAUUCGUGAAAUAUCAACGUGUACAACCAUAUAUUUCUGGGCCGAAGAGUAAUGUGCAAAUUUUAAGUCAUUGAUAAAAACUGGAUCUUGCCAGUAUUUGUGUAUUAUAGAUUUUUAAGAGAAGUGGUACCAAACGCCCUUAGACACAAUGAUCCCUGUGUAUCAAAGGAUAUUGAAUUCUGCAUCCAAGUCUAAAUUUUUACAGUGUUUUCACAUUAAAGUGCAGUUUAACAGCCAUAUAAGUUAUUAUAGUGUUAAAGAUAUUUACUUAUCAAAAGACUCAAUUGGGCAUAAAGCAGAAGUGAAGGGGUGGGUGAAAGCAGUAAGAAAAAUGAAGGAUAACGUUUUCAUAGAUUUAGAUGAUGGCUCAUGGCCAGAAAAACUUCAAGUGGUGAUUCCAAAAAGUGUUGUUCCUAAAAAUCUCACUUACGGAUCUUCCGUUGAGCUGAGUGGUAAAUUGUUACCUAAUCAACUUAAGAAAGUGGAACUAGUCCUUGAUGAUAUCAAAGUUGUUGGACCCUGUGUUGUUGCUGAUGGUUACCCAUUUGCUCCACGUAAAUCCUACAGUGCAGAUUAUGUGCGCCAAUAUAUCCACUUGCGACCUCGCACCCGAAUUCUUAGUUCUCUGUUGAGGAUACGCCAUGGUGCAGCAUUAGCUCUUCAUCAGUACUUUAAUGGGCUAGGAUAUUGUAAAAUUGAUGUGCCUGUUCUUACUUCAAACGAUUGUGAGGGUGCAGGAGAGGUGUUUAUCGUCAAACCUGACAGUGAGAAACUCAUCCGAGAAAUGGGUUCUCCAGGUAUGACUCCUGAAGAGGCAUUCUUUAAUGGAAAAACGUAUCUGACAGUUUCUGGGCAGUUGCAUCUAGAAAUUGCUGCACGAGCUAUGGGUAAAGUUUACUGUUUAGGGCCCACUUUCCGAGCUGAAAAUUCAAGAUCUCGACUACAUCUAUCAGAAUUUUACAUGGCUGAGGCUGAACUCGCAUUCGUAAAAGACUUGGAUAGUAUCCUAAAAUUGAUGGAAGGCCUUAUCAAGACAAUGUGUCAAACCCUGAUGGACACUUGUGCAGAAGAUGUGCACUUGUUUGUUAAAACCCAAGGUGAAGAAAAUUGUUUGAAUAUAGAACACUUACUGAAGUCACCGUUUACGGUGGACAGUUAUGAUAAUGUGUUUAAUGUGAUUGAUAACCACAGAUCACUUUUUACCGAGCCCCUCAAAAAAGGAGAUCCGCUGAGCAAAGAACAUGAACUCUUUUUGGUAAAACACAACAAUAAUUUGCCAAUUUUUGUCGUAGACUGGCCUACAGGUAUUAAACCAUUCUAUAUGAAGGCUCAUACUAAUGAUUCUUCAAAGGUGCACGCUGUUGAUCUACUCUGCACAAACGUAGGAGAACUCUGUGGAGGCAGUCUCAGGGAAGAUGAUUUUGAUACUUUAGUGUCAAAGUUAAAAACCCAUGACCUGGAAGAUAACCUUGGAUGGUAUUUGGAACUGAGGAAAUUCGGAAACGUGCCAACGGGGGGUUUUGGCAUGGGGUUUGAAAGGUUUCUUCAAGUAAUUCUAGGAAUCCCUAAUAUUAAAGAUGCCAUUCCUUUUCCUCGUUGGCCUCACAACUGCAAACUCUAAAACCUAGCCCUGACUUACCAAGUUCUAAUAAAGAUGUCUAGGUAUUCUUAUUUGUUCAAAUAAUUUCACACUCACCUGAGUGGAAAAGUGGCUUUGUGUUUUUGUUUAAAUAUAGAAGAAUUUGAUCAGACAA